CGCUUUUACCGCACGCUUUUCCACCAUUUUCUCCUCUCAAAGGCCAAAGCUCUCUCACAAAACUAUAUUUUUCUCUUCAUAGCUCCAUUAAUUUCCUUCAUCACUGAAAGCUAGCGCGUGGUUUUCUCCAGAAGAAAUUCAUAUUGCUGCUUUCUUUUCUUUUUCUUUUUUUUAUUUUCUCUCUUCUCUGUCUUCACAGCUCGACAGUGGGAAACUUCACUCAGAAUUCUCAUUGAUAAACUGAUGAGUGUCCUUUCUCUGCUUUCAAACUAGCUAGUACAUAUAUACUUUGCUGAUUACUAGCAGUACAUAUAUAUUUUGCUCGUACUAAUUUGUUACCCAAUAAUAUAUCACUACCCCAUAUCUUUAAUUAUUUUAUCCGUACGAUCUGAUUCGGAUACAGCAACAUCUACGGUUCAGAAGCAGCUACACAAGAAUUUGGAGCUACCUUUGGAAUGGUCAUGGUCAUGGUCUUUGGUUUGAUUGUCAGUAAAAAGCCAAAGAACACAAGGCUCUUGACUUGACACAACAGUACUUGGGAAUUAUAUAGCCUUUUGUUGGGUCUUUAUGUAACUGCUAGUUUCUGUUGAACAAUACAGAAAACUGUGCAGAAUAAGAUCCCUCCUAAGUUUUACCAUAAUUUGUAACCGAUCAGUCCCCAAGUUCAAAUCUUGACCCCUUCUAUCACUUUUGUCAAAAAAAAUCUUGACCCCGGAUCUAAAAUACUUGUUGAAUUUUCUUCUUCUUUCAUAUUUUUCCCGUUCUCAAUCUGAGUUUUUCAAGAACCUCUGCAGCUAUAUAUUUUUGUGGAUAAAGAUAAAAGCUUUAGCAGCUAGAUUCCUCUAGUCUUUGCUUGAGAAAACAGUUAACUUGAGGCGGUGGUUUGGUUUGGCUUUUGCUUCGAGUCUAAGUCUCAAAGAACAGAGAGAGAGAGAAAGCUGGCAAAUAAUACUAAUAAGUGGUGGGAGAGAGUAGAUGUGGCCAUGGCGGGUUACAACAAUGAACAAAACCCAGGUCAAGCCGGUUCAGCUCGCUAUGUUCAUCACCUUCUCAGGCCUGAACUGCACCUUGAGAAUCAGACUCAGACUCAGACUCAGAGACCUCUUUCUAUUGAUAAUCCUCAACCUUCCGAUUCUCCGGACUCUCCAGACGAAGGAGAUCAAAAGCAUGACUCCGAUGCACAAGCCACAAGCUCCGGUGCAGCCACUACAAACUCGAACCGCCGUCCACGUGGCCGACCACCUGGAUCGAAGAACAAGCCGAAGCCACCGAUAAUCGUAACUCGGGACAGUCCGAACGCGCUCCGAUCGCACGUGCUGGAAGUGUCGAACGCUGCGGACAUAGUGGAGAGCGUGUCGAAUUACGCGAGGCGAAGAGGGAGAGGGGUUUGUGUGUUGAGUGGAACUGGGACAGUGGUGAAUGUUACUUUGAAACAACCUGCGGGGAGUAGUGUGGUGACACUGCACGGUCGGUUCGAGAUUCUUUCCUUGUCGGGGACUGUGUUGCCGCCUCCUGCUCCGCCUGGUGCGGGUGGUUUAUCGAUAUUUUUGUCUGGCGGACAAGGACAAGUGGUUGGGGGAAGCGUUGUUGGUCCUUUGGUUGCUUCGGGUCCUGUGGUUUUAAUGGCUGCUUCAUUUGCUAACGCUGUGUUUGAAAGACUACCUUUGGAUGAUCCAGAAGAAGGUGCUGUACAAGUCCAACCCAGUGCUUCACAGUCUUCAGGAGUCACUGGUGGUGCCGGAGCUGCACAGCUUGGUGAAGGUGGUGGAGGAAGUGGUAGCGGCGGCGGUGGUGGUCUUUUUAGUAUGGGAGGGAAUAAUAAUAUGGGAAAUUUUCCAUUUUCAGGUGAUCUAUUUGGAUGGGGUACUGGGAGUGCUGCAAGGCCUCCUUUUUAAUUUCUGGGUGGGUUUCUAGUAGUAUUAGAUUUUGAGUGAUUGUAGGGGUUGAUCCAGCGAGAUUAAUUUAAUUUUCUCAGCUUUUGAAUAAUUGAUGAAGGUGGAGGAUGAUGAUGAUGUUAAUGAGAGGGAGAUCAUGUAGCUAGCUAGCUUCUUUUUUGGUUGUAUGAUAAAAAUGUUUGUGAUAUAAUUUUAACAAAUUGUUCCUCCU